AUGCUUAUGGUGGCUGUACUGCUGGGAAUCAUAUAUCUGAGACAAGAUUACACGACCGAGGGCGUGAUGAAUCUGAACGGGGCCCUCUUCCUCUUCCUCACCAACAUGACGUUUCAGAAUGCAUUUGCUGUCGUCAAUGUGUUUUGCCAAGAGCUGCCAAUCUUCCUGCGGGAACAUCAGAGCGGGAUGUAUCGAACAGACGUGUAUUUCCUGAGCAAGACAAUAGCCGACUUGCCGUUCUUCAUCCUUUUCCCGACCAUUUUCUCGGCCGUCGCCUACUUCAUGAUCGGCCUGAACGAAUCCGUGGAACGCUUCCUCGUAUGCACCCUCAUCAUCAUCAUCGUCUCCAACGUCUCCUGUUCCUUCGGUUACAUGAUUUCCUGUAUUGCGAACAGCGUCACCAUGGCUUUAUCCCUGGCUCCACCCUUCAUCGUCCCCAUCAUGAUGUUUGGCGGAUUCUUCCUCAACAACGCCUCAGUUCCGGUGUACUUCGUCUGGCUGAAGUACAUCUCGUGGUUCUACUACGGGAACGAAGCGUUGAUGAUCAACCAAUGGAAAGGCGUGGAAGGGAUCGAGUGCGGGGAUUCGCCUUCGUGCACGCCCGACGGCGAGGCCGUGCUCGACUCGCUCAACUUCGACAAGGUCAAUCCUCCUCGGAUCUCGUCGCUCGAUAACGAGGUGCGGGACAUCUUGCUGCUGUUGGCCCUGAUGGGGGCGUUUCGCAUCAUCGCCUUCCUGGCCCUCUACGUCCGAGCGUCUCGACGGAAAUGAAACGAAGACGAGAUCGAGUCUCUCGCGAAUGGGAAGCGGAAAAGAAAACGUUCGCGGUUCUCGUCUGUGUCGUGCGAGGAAAAGUGCUCUGCCAGUAUCAUUCCGUGCAUGAUAUCCAUUUGCCAAAGUCUGUGGACGGACUCGCAGAUCCCUCUCGCUUUUCUCACUGCAUUCGUUGUUCCCAUCUUUUUUUCUAUUUCGCUCACCAGAGAUGGACGUGUUGAGCCGAAAAUAUAUUCUUUUUCCCACGUUCGGUACCGUUGUGCCGUGCUUUCCAUGCAGUCGGUCCCGGUUCCAUCGCGUCCACGUACAUUCGAUACGAAACCGCGUGGAAGAGUUCGCGAUGACCGGCAGCGUUCGGCUUGGACUCAAACCAGACGAAAAAUCGCUUGGACGUCGAGGAAGCCGAGAAUGUAGAAAAGACUGAGAAGAAAAGGAAUUCGACAGAAGAAUUCGGCAUCCUCUGCUCUUCCCCGCUCGCUGUUCAUAAAAAUGUGUCUAAUUUCACACGAUUGCGGAAGUGAAAGUUGAAGAUCGCGACUCCCGAGGAGAGAUGGUCGAUCGUAGCAAUGGGUUUCAGCGUUCGAAUGUCUGUUUGAAUCUUGGCUGUGAUGUUCCAC